AUGGCCAUCACCGACGAUCCCUCCAAGCUCACGCAUGAGGACUUGCCCGAGCUGCUUAAAGAUGACACGAGCGUCAAAGUCGCCGGCGUGGAUAUUGAUGGUCAGCUGCGAGGGAAGCUCAUGUCAAAGAAGAAGUUCCUCUCAAUCGCAAAGGAGGGUUUUGGUUUCUGCUCUGUGAUCUUCGGCUGGGACAUGCAUGAUCAGACCUACUUCAAAGAGCUUAAAAUCAGCAACAAGGAGAAUGGAUACAGAGACAUGGUGGCAGAGGUGGAUCUCAGCAGCUUCAGACGUAUGCCAUGGGAGAACAAUGUUGCCUUCUUCCUUUGCAGCUUUCGCGAGCCUGAAGGACAGAGCUUGAGUGCUUGUCCUCGAAGCUUGUUGGAGAGAGCUGUACAGAAGAUUCAAGCAAAGGGGAUGGGGGCUCUAGCUGGCGCGGAGUACGAGUUCUACACGUUCCGCGCACCAGAGGCUUCGCAUAUAUCGCCAUCUGACGGUGCGAGAAACUCCAGCGCUACUGCAACGUUCUUGCAGAACAACCCGGUAAACAGUCUGCCUAGUCUGGAAUCCGGCAUGUUUGGGUACUCCAUAACGCGACCAGUCCACAACCAGGAUUGGUAUUACGGAAUCUACGAUGCGUGCCGAAAGUUCAGAUGCGAUAUUGAAGGCUGGCAUACCGAGAGUGGACCGGGAGUUUACGAAGCUGCACUGGAGUACGGCGAGAUCAGGCAGAUGGCGGAUCGGGCGGCCCUCUUCAAGCUGACAGUAAAGAACAUGAGCUCAAACUAUGGUAUAACACCAUGCUUCAUGGCGAAGCCCAGAGAGGGUCUUCCAGGUAACAGUGGGCACAUGCACAUCUCGUUGAAGGACAACAAGACUGGGGCGAAUUUGUUCGUCAGAGAAGAGGCGGACCCCAACCCACCUUACCCCGAUCUGGUACACGUGUCAGACAUUGGUCGACAAUUCCUUGCCGGCCUACUCGACGGUCUACCAGAUAUCAUGCCGCUUGUUGCACCCACUGUCAACAGCUAUAAGCGUCUUGUGGAGAACUUCUGGGCUCCUGUCACUGUGUCUUGGGGUCUAGAGCAUCGCGCUGCUUCGAUUCGAUUGAUCGCACCACCGACAUCACCGCCGAAGGGAACCAGAUUUGAGAUUCGUGUUCCCGGUGCUGACACCAAUGCCUACCUCGUGCUCUCCGCCAUCUUGGCUCUGGGCUACCGUGGGAUUGAGAAGAAGAUGGAGAUUCCAAUUCCACCACUCGGAAAGGGAGAGGAUGUUGGUGGUGAAGCUGACAAGGGAAAGAGGCUCGCGAAGAGCUUGAAAGAUGCCACGGCGCAGUUCGCUCGGAAAGAAAGCGUGGCCCGGGAGGUAUUUGGAGAUGACUUUGUUGACCAUUUCGCGGGAACCAGGGAGCACGAGAUCAGGCUGUGGGACGAAGCCGUGACUGAUUGGGAGGUCAGGAGGUAUAUUGRGACAGUAUAA